AUGCCGCCAAAGACGGUCGAGGAGGAGCUUGCGGAGCUUGAACUGCUUGGAGCAGAGACACCAGCUGCCCCACCGCCAAAGAAGGGACCCAAGGCCCCUCGACAGAAGCUGCCUCAAGAAGACGACGCGCUAAAAGGGCUCGAGGAGCUCGAAGACUUAGGCAAACUGCAGCGCCCAGAAGGACUGCGACCUACAAGUCGUCCAAACACACCCAAGCUAUCUUCUUCGACAGCCUCAAGCAACAGGCGAGGCGCCGAUGUUGCAACGCCAUCCUCUACUGGCUCAGCUCGUACCAGCGAGGACCGAACAGCACCACCAAGGAAGUCGGGAGAUAGCGCACGAUCAUUCCACCAGAGCUUUGCCCCCACUCAGGAGGAGCCAGCCACAGCAGCACCUGCAUUGGCGGCAGAGGCACCAGCAUCGGCAGGCGGCUCGUGGUGGGGUGGAGGAUGGGGCGGCAUCUUGAAUACCGCUACCGAAGCUGCGAACGCUGCGAAAAAGCAAGCAGAGGCGGCCUAUCAAGAGCUCCAGAAGAACCAGGAAGCACAGCGCUGGGCAGAACAAGUGCGUGGCAAUGUCGGCGCACUCCGUGGCAUGGGCGGAGAGUUGAGCAAACACGCAAUGCCGACUUUCACCAACAUAUUGCAUACCCUCGCCCCACCGAUCGCCCAACAUGAACGACUGCAAAUUCACAUUACUCAUGAUCUCGUCGGCUACCCCUCGCUUGAUCCCAUCGUCUACCAGACCUUCUCUACCGUUAUGGCUCAGGUUGAGGGCGGCGACUUACUAGUCAUCCAACGUGGCUCGGAACUGAAGCAGCGUGGCUCACUCGAUGGAUACAGAGGUGGUGGAGGUGGUUGGAAUGAUGGUCCUUGGUGGCGCCACGCAGACAAGCGAGACCUCAGCACAGUCAAGGGCCUGGUUGAAGGCACGAAGCUCACAAAGGUGAGCGCCGAGUCCUAUGCCGAUGAGUUCUUCGCCGCUCGGGGAGGCAUUGAGGCCGCUGCGAAACAAGCUACAGAAGUCCUCAGCGAGACAGUCCCUGUGCGGAGCAGCGAUAUUUUUAUCGCCAUCCAAGCUAUCAGCUACCCGGUCCCUACAGAUCUCUUUGGGGCCUCCACAUCAACGGAUACGACAGAGAAUGUCAUCAAGGAGGUAAAGGACGAUGAGGAUGUGGUCGUCUUUGCUGUAUAUUUGUAUGACCCUGUUCACGGUAUCAGCCUCAAGACGGUCAGCCAAUCAUUCCCUGCGAAAUGGGCCGAGUGGCUUGACGCACCCGCAAGCACUGAAGCUGAUGGUGAGGCACAACACCUUCCGCAAGAGAUCAGCGAGAUUAUCGAGAGUGGAGGCGUGGAUCCUCGUGAGUGGGUGUCCGAGUGGAUGGAAGAGACGAUCAGUCUUAGCGUUGGUAUUGUUGCGCAGCGCUACGUUGCACGUCGCAUGGGAGUUGGAGAGGGCAGUCUUGGGAGGGGCAAAGCACGGGAGGCAAACCUCGAAGAUGGCGCUGGCGAAGCCGCACGAGCUGGAAUCAUCUGA